AUCUUUAAGCCUACAGCAGAAUAUGACCAGUUACUAUCUUCAUUUCAGUGUGGAGGAGCAACAUGAUCAUGAGGAGUCACCUCUCUCUGGCCAGCCAGACCAAGUCAAAAGUGAAGAUACGCAGCAACAAAUUAUCAGAGAAACUUUCCAUUUAGUAUCAAAACGUGAUGAAAAUGUCUGUAAUUUUCUAGAAGGAGGACUAUUAAUAGGUGGGUCUGAUAACAAACUAAUUUACCGACACUAUGCCACCUUGUAUUUUGUCUUCUGUGUGGAUUCCUCAGAAAGUGAGCUUGGUAUUUUAGACCUCAUACAAGUAUUUGUGGAAACACUAGACAAAUGUUUUGAAAAUGUCUGUGAGCUGGAUUUAAUCUUCCAUGUAGACAAGGUCCAUAAUAUAUUGGCUGAAAUGGUCAUGGGUGGAAUGGUUUUGGAGACCAAUAUGAACGAAAUUGUCACUCAGAUUGAUGCUCAAAAUAAACUGGAGAAGUCUGAGGCUGGUUUAGCAGGAGCUCCAGCCCGGGCUGUUUCAGCUGUAAAGAAUAUGAAUCUUCCAGAGAUCCCAAGAAAUAUUAAUAUUGGUGACAUCAGUAUAAAAGUACCAAACCUGCCCACUUUUAAAUAACAUGGCUACUCCAGGUAAUUCCAAGGAAGAAGUGUAAUAGAGAUUUACUGCAUAAUUGUUUACUAAAUAAACAUGUCUAACUUUUACUGUUUGGAUAAAACUCAAGGUACUGCAUAGAAAUAACCUGAAAAGUCAGUGUGUGGAGUUGAAUGUUGCUUUUGUCUUGUCUGUGAAAUUAAAGGAAAGGGGUAGUUCCCAUGUGAUUUCUAAAUUACAUUCCUAUGCCUUUGCAAGGCAUAUCACUGUGUCUCAGCUGCUGCAGUAUUUUGGGGAAGUAUUUAAGAUGUUCUUUACUUUGUAUAACCUAUAAUGUUGAGGUUUUUUGUAUGUCCACCAAAGGCUAUAAUUAUGUGCAUUCUUCAACUACUUCUGUUUGUCAUGAUUAUUUAAGACCUAAGUGCAAAUGUUGCAUGAAAACAUUUAACUCAUGUUUUGUUUAAAUAAAAUCGUAACAAACUGGACUUCGAAAUACCUGUUUUUUGAAGUCUACUGUUUGCAAUAAACCACAUUAUUUCCCAUUCAUGGAGCCGAUUGACUACAUAAAAAUACUGUUGUAGCAGACCUUGAUGUUGUAGUUUAAUCUCUGAAGGGCUUACACAGGGGUAUUGUGCUGAACAUACUGGCUCUUUACAUUUCUCACAAAAGCUGUUCAUUGUUAUACUGAAGGAAAAAACUGCCUUUACCGAAGACCUGAUGACUUCUGUUUACAUAUACUUGUUGAUAUUUACACAAUCUGAUAGACUUUCACUGAUGGUCUUUGUUUUGGGGGAAAAUUGGCCCUGUGAUUGCUCUGUGUUGUGAGAAGCACAGAAUGGUCUGAGGAGAUUAUAUUUGGGCAGCUCAAACCUGUACAUGAGAGUCUGUCAAAUAAUGUGAUAAAGAAAGACACUCCGAAAAGAUAAAUGGGGAUACUUUAAUAGGGCCUCUGUGCCUGGUGACGUUUGUGAUUCUCUACUUUGAGAAUUAGAUUUGUGGGACUCAUAGUAUUGUCAAGACCUCAGAGAAAUAUAAGUGCUGUCACCUCUGCGUAAGUUGCUCAGCUCUUAAACUCUUCUGUGAUUUAAAAAGCAUAAAAGGGGGAUAGUGAGUGUUUUUUAUAAUCAUGCUUUUAAGCUCUAUGUGAUG